GUACGAAGUCUACUAGACAAUAAGGAGGGCUUAGUACCACGAGCCUUCUUAUCAAUUGAGCCAACACCUCCACUCGCCCCACCACACCCUGUAAUAUCGUCGACCCUGACACAUAAUAAAGGAGGAGGUACUCCCGAGAUAGAUGUUCCCAAGAGCAACAACAGUGUGAACACCUCUACCGCACCACCGAAUCUUCCUCCCUCUAACCCCACAGCAUCACCUCAUCCCCCGAUGGCUCAGGUCUUGGCAGGCCAAUUUGUGCGUACUUUGAUCGAUUUUGAUGGCAGUGCAGAGGAUGAAUUGAGUUUCCGUGUCGGUACGGUUAUCCACGUUCUUGGUAGGCCAGCGGAAGGUGAAGUGGACGAUGGUUGGAUUGAAGGCGAACUAGUGCCUCUCUCUGAUACUGAUACUUCCCCUCCUCCCCGGGGUGUCUUUCCUUCCAUGUUGGUGGAGCCUGUACCCGCAGAAGAGUCCUGGAGGAAACGUUUAAAUGCUUGCUCAAGACUACAAUCGGCUAAGAACUUGCUAUCGAUUAGCAUUGCUGCGGAUGAUAAGACUUCUCAGUGCGGUGAACGCCGACGCAAACCAUCCUCUUCUUCUGGUGGUUCUGCCAGUCAUUCCAGAUCAAUAAAAGCGAGCAUCGAAAAGUCUUGUCUUCAUCAUCAAGGUGCCAAUUGCUUUCGAGCUACAAGCAAUGGACGCCAUCGAUCCACCUCCGGUCAACUCUCCUCUUCCUCAUCACAUCGCCAGCCCCAACAACAACAACAACAAUCUCAUCAUAGUCAACCUCAACAGCAGAAGCAUCCUCGAACUUCCCAGAGUCUUGCUCCCUCGCCUGUUAACUCCAAACACUUGUCUACUUCUCCUCAACCUCCUAUCCCCUCGCAGAAUGUGGCAAAUGGGAGGAAUGGAGUAGAGCUGCAGGAAGAAGAAGUGAGUACCAUGGUGGUCGUCUGA